AUGUACAGACCACCUGAAGGAGUCCACGUUCCCGAUCAACGUGUGACAAAAGCCGAAGACACCUUUUCAGAAUCUGCCAAAGGUCCACUCGGUCUCGGUGGCUUGCAACUCGACCAAGAGUUCCCCAAUAGGCCGGGCUACGGGACUCGAGGCAUCAAUGUCACAUUAUGGGCCAACUACGUUGAACUGGUCCCGCCUCUAGACCUGACUCUUCACCGAUAUGAUAUUGCGGUUACGCCCAGCGCAACUGGGAAGAAGCUGAGACAGGUCAUCAAACUCUUGCUGGAGACGCCUGAAAUGGCUGCAUUCAAAACGGAUGUGAUUACCGACUUCGCAUCAACCCUGAUAUCACGUCGGAGGUUGGAUACGGACGAGAGCCAUCUGGAGAUCCCGUAUCGUACCGAAGGUGAAGAUGAGCCUCGACCAAAUGCAACUACGUAUCGGGUUCGUCUUCAGCAUACAAAUGUUUUACAAGUCGCACACCUUGUCGAGUACCUGACCUCUACCGAUCUGAGCUCUCGUUGCGACGACAAAUCGCCUCUAAUUCAGGCCUUUAAUAUCUUCUUAAACCAUUACUCCAAGUCCACCAAGAACCUUGCGACCACUGGAACGAGGAAGACCUUCCCGCUCAGCUCAAGCUCUGCCAGGUGGGAUCUCGGCGCUGGAUUAUCGGCUAUAAGAGGGUUCUUCUCAAGCGUUCGAACGGCAACCUCUCGUAUCCUCGUCAAUGUCAAUGUCACCCAUGGAGCCUUCUACGACGACAUUCCCCUGGAUGAGCUGAUCAUAAAAUAUAACAAAGCCCACCGGAAUAGUAAAACGAGUCUGAAUGCGUUUCUCAAAGGUCUUAGGGUUCAGACCACACAUUUGCGUGAAAAGAGAAAUAAGGCCGGCCAGAUCGUCCGCCGCAUUAAGACCGUCACCGGACUCGCGACCAAAAAUGACGGCCAUGGUCUUGCUCACCCUCCAAUUGUGGAUGAUUACGGUGUAGGGCCGAAGAGGGUACAGUUCUGGCUUGACAGUGCACCACCUGAUGGCAAGUACAUCAGCGUCUAUAACUUUUUCUUGAAUACUCAUGGGAGAUCGAUCGCUAAUCCAGAUCUCGCCGUGGUCAAUGUCGGUACGAGGCAGAACCCAAGCUACCUCCCCCCCGAGGUCUGUGUAGUCGUCCCCGGGCAAAGUUCGAAUUCGAAGCUUGAUCCCGCUCAAACUCAAGGCAUGAUACAAUUUGCUGUCCGCAAGCCUUGGGAGAACGCGGCUUCAAUAGUCAACGAAGGGCUCCAAGUCUCUGGGCUUUCGUCGCAGACCAAUAUCCUCCUAGGUCGUUUUGGUAUCUCGGUCUCUCCUGGUCUAAUUACGGUUCCGGGACGUGUUCUGCACGAACCCAGAGUGGUCUACAAACAAAACAAAUUUGCUCCCAUUCGUUUCGGGAGCUGGAAUAUGGCCGAUUUGAAGUUUAAUACAGCCGGAGCGGCCAUAAAGAAAUGGUCCUAUUUACUACUCUCCACGCCCGGUCACAGGGAUGCCUUCGACCAGGAGAGUCUGGCCACGGUGAUGGGCAAAUUCCACCGUGCUUUACAGUAUGCUGGACUAUCUCUUGGCUCGCCGAUGGGAGGGAGACGGCUGGUUUUAAGCGGCGCGGACGAUCCGAAGCUGGAUAACUCCCUUAAAAUAGCUGCAGCGUCACUAGAUCUGCUAUUCAUUAUCCUCCCAGAAUCGAAUACCGUGUUAUAUAAUCAGAUCAAACACAGUGCCGAUAUCAAAUAUGGGAUUCAUACGAUUUGUUGUGUUGGCCAUAAACUUGCCAAAGAGAGGGGCCAAGAACAGUACUUCGCCAAUGUGGCAUUGAAAUUCAACCUCAAACUCGGCGGUAUCAAUCAGCUGCUCGACACUUCUCAUCUUGGGAUCAUCAACGAGGAUAAGACCAUGGUGGUAGGGAUCGACGUUACGCACCCUUCCCCUGGUUCCAGUUCCCGUGCGCCCAGCGUGGCCGGGAUGGUUGCCAGUGUGGACAGAUGGCUCGGCCAAUGGCCUGCGGUCCUUCGCAUCCAAAGGGGUGCGCGCCAGGAAAUGGUCACGGACCUGACUGGGAUGCUGAAGUCACGUCUGAUGCUAUGGAAACAAAGGCAUCGAGCUUUUCCCGAGAAUAUCCUAGUCUAUCGCGACGGUGUCUCCGAGGGCCAGUACGGCAAAGUCGUCGAGGAGGAACUGCCACGGCUCCGCGACGCAUGCAAGGCCUUGUAUCCGGCUCCGGAUUCGAAGAAAGGCCUCCCGCAUUUCACUAUAAUCAUCGUCGGGAAGCGCCACCACACGCGCUUCUAUCCCAUCCGGGAAAGCGACGCAGACCGCUCCUCGAACCCUAAACCCGGGACCGUCGUCGACCGCGGUGUCACCGAAGCGCGCAAUUGGGACUUUUUCCUGCAACCACACGCGGCAAUCCAGGGCACCGCGCGUCCUGCGCACUAUUACAUCGUUCUGGAUGAGAUCUUCCGUCAGUACUACAGGAGGAGACCGGGAGCAUUCCAGAAUGUCGCUGACAUGGUGGAAGACCUAACGCAUAGCAUGUGUUACCUCUACGGACGCGCGACGAAAGCAGUAAGUCUCUGUCCGCCUGCCUAUUACGCUGAUCUUGUCUGUGAGAGGGCGAGAUGCUACCUGAGUGGGUUGUUUGAGCCGCAAACACCCUCGACAGUCCCCUCGGUAGCUGGGAGUGCGCCCGGAGAAGAGCUGCAGGCGGGGAACGAGGAUGUUGAAAUACAUACAAAGCUCAAGGACACCAUGUUCUAUAUCUGA